AAAAAAUAUAUUCGAAUCCGAAGAUCUCACAAACUUGAAUACAUAAUUUAUAGAAGCUGUACACUCACUAUUUCAUCCGUCGAAUUACUGAAAGUGAGUCCCUAAAGUCUUGUGUUAUUUUGAGCCCUCUCUCUCUCUCUGAAUACGCAGACGCGUCAAUGGAUUCAAGCACCAACGAAGUAACCCACGAAUUCCCAACCUACUUCAAAGUAUACAAAGAUGGCCGCGUAGAGAGGUUCGGAAGACUCGGAGGCACCGACCGUGCUCCCACCGGCCUAGACCCCAAAACCCAGGUCCAAUCCAAGGACGUCGUUGUAUGCUCCGACACCGGCGUAUCGGCCAGGAUCUUCCUCCCCAAACUCAACGGGCCAGAUCAAAAGCUUCCGCUCGUCGUUCACUACCACGGCGGUGCCUUCUGCAUUGGAUCGCCUUGCAACCGGACCUUCCAUAAUUUUCUUGUAAAUCUAGCCUCCGAGGCCAAUGCCGUUAUUAUCUCCGUUGACUACAGGCUGGCCCCGGAGCAUCUUCUUCCGAUUGCACAUGAAGACUCGUGGGCUGCGUUGCAGUGGAUUGCCAACCACUCAGAGGGGCAAGGACCCGAGCCGUGGCUGAACGAGCAUGCGGAUUUCGGACGGGUCUUCCUGGCGGGUGAGAGCGCCGGAGCCAACAUAGCCCAGUACGUGGCAGUGCAAGCCGGCGCCACCGGAUUGGCUGGUCCCAACAUCGUUGGGACACUCAUACUGCACCCAUAUUUCGGAAGUAAAGACAGCGACGACAAAAUGUACAAAUACAUGUGCCCAACGAGCACGGGUUUUGACGAUCCGUUGUUGUACCCGGAGGUAGAUCCGAAUCUGGGACGUAUGGCCGGUGGCAGGGUGUUGGUUUGUGUGGCUGAGAAGGAUUGGUUAAAGGAUAGAGGGUUGGGUUAUUGCGAAACGUUGAGGCAGAGUAGUUGGGCUGGGACGGUGGAAUUAUACGAGACAGAAGGAGAGGGGCAUGCCUUUUUCCUGCUGAAUCCGACUAGCGACAAGGUGGAGCCCCUGGUGAAAGUUCUAGUUGAUUUCAUUAACUUCGGUGAAUCCGACAAGCAUCACUGACUUCUUUUGGCUUCCCAUUACUUCGGUGCGUGGUUCUGGUCACUGGUGAGCUACGGCUGGCAUGAAAGAUAAUAAAUUUGGGGAGUUUGCUGUUUCCUACGCGUUUAUGUCAUUGCUGGUCUUUGUUUUAUCCGAGGAAAUUGCUUGUUGAAAGACACAGAUCUAUAGGUAUACUAUUUUCGAUCUGAAAAUAUUAUUCAUAUUGUAACAGUAUAUCGUUGUUGCGUAGACAUGUCCAUUGGCCAACCGGGAAUCGCUCCGGUGAUUUCCUUCGGCAAAUGAGGAAAAGUUUUGUUAUAUAUAAAUAAAGUUACAAAUUAAUUUA